CUCUCUGAAUCACACCCCACUAAGCCAAAAACAAGUGAGCUAAUAAUUACAGCAGUUGAUACAUUCAUUCCGUGACCUCCAUUUUUUCCAUUUUUUGUGCCCGAAAAAUGGAAAAAAGAAAUUUAAAUAAAACCCAACAAAAAAAAGAGGUAGAUCUUCCAUGAGAGCAUUCCCAAGAACCCAUUUUGGCUCUCUAUCCAUUGUUUUUCUUUGUUGUUCAAUGUAGAUUGAUAUCCGAUUCUUUGUCCGGCUAAGUAAUACAGAGGUUUUAAUCAUGGAGAUCAACAAGCAGCAAAAGAAGAAGAAAUGGUUUUUACCAUUAGUACUCUCUCUCUUGUUAUCUACUCUACUCGUGUUUAUUACAGUUUUCACUUCUUUCAGCUCGUCUUCCUCAAAAUUGUACAAGACCCCUGUCAAGUAUGAGCUCCCCCGUUUUGUUGAAUCCAAGCUUAGGAUUUCUGAUACUUCCAAAGACCCAAUACCCAGGUUGGCUUACUUGAUCUCAGGCUCUAUGGGGGAUGGGAAGAGCUUGAAAAGGACUCUGAAAGCACUGUACCACCCUAGAAACCAGUAUGUUGUGCACUUGGACCUCGAGGCCUCGGCCGAUGAGAGGUUGGACUUGGCUGAGUUUGUGAGAAAGGAGCCGCUUUUUGCUAAGCUGGGUAACGUUAGGAUGAUUGUGAGGGCUAAUUUGGUGACCUAUCGAGGGCCAACAAUGGUGACCAAUACUCUUCAUGCUGCAGCUAUUUUGUUGAAGGAAGGUGGAGACUGGGAUUGGUUUAUCAAUCUAAGUGCUUCUGACUACCCUUUGGUAACCCAAGAUGAUCUUCUUCAUACAUUGUCAACGAUUCCUAGAAACCUUAACUUUCUUGAGCAUACCAGUGACAUUGGCUGGAAAGAGUCUCAUAGAGCAAAACCUGUUAUAAUUGAUCCAGGGUUGUAUAGCUUGCACAAAUCAGAUGUAUUUUGGGUGCCGGAGAAGAGGAGUGUGCCAACCGCUUAUAAGCUGUUUACAGGUUCUGCUUGGAUGAUGCUCUCUCGCCCUUUUAUAGAUUUUUGUGUGUGGGGGUGGGACAACCUCCCAAGAAUAGUCCUUAUGUAUUAUGCCAACUUUCUCUCUUCGCCUGAAGGUUAUUUCCACACAGUCAUCUGUAAUGCAGAGGAGUUUCGGAACACGACUGUAAACCAUGACCUCCACUUUAUAUCAUGGGACACUCCUCCUAAGCAACACCCGCAUUUCCUAACUACCGAUGACUUCCAGAAGAUGGUAGCUAGCAAUGCUCCUUUUGCAAGGAAGUUUGGCAGGAAUGAAACAGUUCUAGACAAAAUCGAUACUGAGCUUUUAGGUUGCAAUGCUGAUGGGUAUGUACCUGGUGGAUGGUUGGCAGGAAAUACGAAUGUAAGUGUCCUAGACUACAUCAUAGCAAAUACCACAAAACUCAAGCCAGGUCCUGGUGCUGAAAGGCUCAAACUUCUCAUCAAUGGUUUGCUAAAAGCAGAGGACUUUCACGCGAAACAGUGCUCCUGAAAUCUGAACAAGGUCAAGAAAUGCUCGACAGCACCAUACUUAUACCUAGUAACCAGGGCAGGACAUUGCCAGCAGUACAAUCAAUAAUGGAUGAGCCCUGGCUACACAUAUAGCAAAGCCAUAGGGAUUUAGUGAGUAAGAAAUAUAUGACCGAGUUUUUAUAGGAUACAAUAUUCUUGUAGCUCGAAGCUGAAAUUGUAAAAUGAAUAAUUUUUUGUUCACAUAAUUACUAAAAGUGAAAAUAUCAUGCUUCAUCUGUUUA